GAUUUGGAAUUUAGGAUUAGAGUAAUGUUUAAUCCACAAGCGAGUCCAUAUCUGAGGGGUUGCUCUGGUCAGCAUAUUGUGUCUUUCUCUUUCUCUCUCUUCUCUAUUUCUCCUCUGAAAAAACCCCAACUUCACAAACUUCAAAUUUAACCCCUUUUUUUUCUUUUCUGCUGGAUCACUUUACUUCUUGUUUUGCUUCAAUCAUACCCAGAUCUUUUCAGUUACUUCACCAGUGGUUUUAAUUGGACUAUUAAGGAGAAUCUAAUAUUGUAUUUUUGUUGAUUUGGGACUAUAAAAAGGUCAUUGUUAGAGGGUGUUUGUUGCUGUUCAUCAGUGCUAGGGAAGCUCUGUCAAAUUCUGUACAGAUGAGAAUUUCUGGAAUUGGGCUUUUCUUGUUUGAUUGAACUAUAUAAGGUUGUUGAUUUGGUGUUGGUGAUGAUAUUUAAUUCUGUUCUUUGGAGGAGGUUGUUUUUGGAUACCCUUUAAGGUUGAAGAGGAAUACUCUCAUACAUAUUGUUAAUUGUAAAGAAUAAAGAUAUGAUUAAGCAGAUUUUGGGUAGGCUUCCAAAGAAGCCAUCUAAGUCGGCUGACGCCCGCGAUGGUCUCUCUUCAAGUGUUUUAUCUGGUACCAAGACUAGUGAUUCAGGUGGCCAUAAAUCAGGAAAUGGAAAAGAUGUGCCUCACCAAGGUGUCCAUCCACCUUCAAAUUCGGAUUUGAGUCAUGGAAAUAAAUUAUCUCAGGCAGAGGAUUCAAAUGCAAAUGACGGCUUUGUUACCAAUCCAUUUGAGGCAUUGCCUAGUUUUAGGGAUAUUCCAAUCUCUGAGAAGCAGAACUUGUUUAUAAAAAAGCUUCAUUUGUGCUGUCAUGUUUUUGAUUUCACUGACCCCACAAAGAAUCUGAAAGAAAAGGAGAUCAAGAGACAGACAUUACUUGAGCUCGUCGAUUAUAUUAGCUUAGCUAAUGGUAGAUUUUUGGAAAAUGCCACGCAAGAAGUUAUUAAGAUGGUGGCCACAAACUUGUUCAGAGCACCUGCUGCUCAGCCGCGUGAAAAUAAGACUGUAGAGGGUCAUGAUAUGGAAGAGGAAGAGCCUUCAAUGGAUCCUGCAUGGCCUCACUUGCAGAUUGUAUAUGAGCUCUUCUUAAGGUUUAUAGCAUCACCUGAGACGGAGACAAAGCUGGCCAAGAGGUAUAUUGAUCACGGUUUUAUUCUGAGGUUGUUAGAUCUUUUCGAUUCAGAAGAUCCAAGAGAGAGAGAGUAUUUGAAAACAAUACUUCAUCGGAUCUAUGGCAAGUUUAUGGUGCAUCGCCCAUUUAUUAGAAAAUCAAUAAACAACAUUUUUUUUCGUUUCGUCUUUGAAACAGAGAAGUUUAAUGGUAUUGCUGAGCUUUUGGAAGUUUUGGGCAGUAUCAUCAAUGGGUUUGCUUUACCUCUUAAGGAGGAGCACAAAUUAUUCCUUGUCCGUGUCCUCAUUCCCCUCCACAAACCAAAGUGCUUGCCUAUGUACCAUCAACAAUUAUCUUAUUGCAUCACUCAGUUCGUGGAGAAAGACAGUAAGCUUGCAGAUACUUUAAUUAGGGGUCUAUUGAAGUACUGGCCAAUCACAAACAGUUCUAAGGAAGUUAUGUUCCUCAGUGAGCUGGAGGAGGUUUUGGAAGCAACCCAGCUGCCUGAAUUCCAGCGUUGUAUGGUGCCACUAUUUCGGCGUAUUGCUCGUUGCUUGAGCAGCUCCCACUUUCAGGUGGCAGAGCGGGCUUUGUAUUUAUGGAGUAACGAUCAUGUAGAAAACUUGAUUAAGCAAAAUCGCAAAGCUAUACUUCCUAUCAUCUUCCCUGCGCUGGAGAGAAAUUGUAGGACCCACUGGAAUCAGGCUGUCCAGAGCUUGACCCAGAAUGUGCGGAAGAUAUUCUCGGACGUGGACCCUGAGCUAUUCGAGGAGUGCCUACGGAAGUUUGAGGAAGAUGAAGCUAAGGAGAAAGAACGAAAAGAAAAACAAGAAGCUAUAUGGAAGCGCUUAGAAGAGAUCAUUAUAACCCAAUCUCAAACUACUGAAAUGCCUUUAGCUCCUCAAAACACAGCUGUUCAAAGUCAAACAGUUGCAAGCUAGUGUAUAGGACAUGCUGGCUUGUAGUUCAAUUAUUGGUGAUUCAGGGUAUUUUGGUUGAUAUGAUGAUUUCCUGCCAAAAAAUGCUGGAUCACUGCCAGUUCCCUCCUUCCAAUUUUUCUGGUGUGGGGAUUGUGAGGGCCGAUUUCCCCAGUUGCUCUGCUGAAAGAUGCUAUAUGAGUUAACAGCUAUCCGGGACCAAAAGUGUAAUGGAGAUAUAUCAAGUUGCAGACUUUUCUGAUGGUCUGGUUGACUGAUUGUUGCCAUGGUAUACACAGAGGAGCUACGAAUUCCAGGUACUUUGCUUUGUGGGGGGUUUGUAUUAGCUAUUAUUAAAUUGUGCUAGUUGAGGUUACUCCACCUCCCUAGUGUAUGCAGUAUACAUAUGUGUAUGUUCUUGACAAUUUUUAGGAGGAUCCCAUCAUUUGGUAUGAUUUUCAGCUUAUAUGUGUAAUUUUGAGAACUUGCAAAUUGUUUUUGUUUAUUAGAAAACUUUCUUAGACUUUCAUAGAAUAUAUUUGCUCACUUCAGCCUUUGACUCA